UGUGUGCUUGCUUGCUAAUUGCUAUGAACGAAAACACUAAUUUACGUAUCAUGAUUUCUUGAUUUCUCGGGAAAAUGAAAAUGGUUAUGGUGUCGAACUCAGUUCGGUGCAUAAAAUGAACUCCGAAUUAGUUUGCCCUCUGUUUUUUCCUUCAUUUUCUCGGGAAUCUAAAGUUACUGAACGAUUUUCAAAAGAUGAUCGGCCGAGACAGAGAGGGGCCUACGUUCUUCACUUUUCCUGCUUCGUUUUUUUUGCUUUCUGCUAAUUUAUCUCACUUUGCCAAAAGAAUUAACAGUAACUCAAACAUUAGUUAUGAAUUAAUAUUAUUCUUUUUUUGAGAAAAUUGAUAUUAAAUUGUUAAUCAAACAUAGUUUGCAGAAAGACACAUAUGAAUAUUAAACGAACAAGAGUAUUUGACGGAUUUUGAUUUUGUUUCGUCAAAGUUAAGUCGUUAAGAAAAAUUAACGAUUACUAAAUUUAAAUUAGUAUUUGUAUUGACGUUUGGUUUCUUCCUCUUUUUACCAACUUAUUAGCUCUAUUUCUGCGGCUAAGUAAUACGUAUAAUUUAUUAUUUCUUGAGUCAAAAAAGAAAUUCUGCCUAUAUUUUAACUGUGUGGAGUCAAUAAAAAACAAAUAAAAUCUUGAUUAAAAUAAAAAAAACGUUAUUCUAUAUGUUCUGGUAAUUUAUGCCUUGACUACAUGAUAUUAUGAUAUUCACUUAACAGAGCGUGAGUAUAUUUUCUGGGUUUCAUGAGUUGUCGUCUUAUUUGGCACAAAAGAUUUGAUGAAAAUGGAACUUAAUUUGGCCUACAUAUAGUUUUUGUUUAGGCUUAUAAUAAUACAUACACAAAUAUGAUAAAUAUGUGGUUAAGAACGUUGGGACUUUUAUCAGACUCAUUCUCGUUUCCUGAUCAUUGUAAUAGUACCAAUCCCUGUUCGGAACUACGUUGGGCGCUAGUCGGGCGGCAGCUCCGGGCCUAGCGAGUUACCGAAAAAUCGGAAAUUAAACGGGAUAUACGCGGAAACUAGUUUAUUAAUAAAUUUUAUUUUAUUUGUAUUUAAAAUCCAAUAUAUAAUAUACAACAUAUUAAAAUGUGAUAAUUUGGAUAUAUACUAAUACUGAAAACUAUAUAUAUUAAGCUCUAACAAAAUUUCAUUGUUAAAAUAAAUGUAUAUCAUCCGGUUACAAAUAGUUAGACAAACAAACUAAAUUAAUUUCACAUACAUUGUACAAAUAUAAUAUAUUUGUAUAAUAUCAUCAAAGUCACACGUUCUAGAUUUCUAUUGGUAAAAACUUAACCAAUAAGAUAUGUCAAAAUGUAAAAUAUUGGAACACAUGUAUUUAGUGUGAUGUAUUCUAAUCCUGUCAAAUGAGAAAAUAUAAAGCAAAGAAAAAACGGUAAAACUUGAAAACCUAAAGUCCCACAUCGACUACUAUAAACAACAACACUUCUCGAGACAUCUAUAAAUAAACUCACGCUCCCUUGGUUAAUCUACAAGCUGGGCUAAUAACGCCCACUAACUUCCAAAAAAAUGAUCGGUUAAAAAUCGGUAUAGUACCGAUUAAUCAGAUUACGCGGCCGAGUUAGUGGGGUCCGAUUAAAUAAGCCGACUUGAGCUUAUUUGCCACGGAACCUUAACGCCGAGCGCCUAGGCGGCCGAUUAUUCGGCUAGGCGUCCGCGUUUUUGAACAGAGGUUUUGAUCUGAAGGAAGAAAACUCUCGGUCCAGGACAAGAACAGGGCGAUUUUCUCGUUCUUGUGUUGCCUUUCUCGUUCUUGAUAAUUUCGUCCGUCUUAAGAAAUUGACUUCUGAUGCAAAAUCCUCCCCCCCUGGAAUGAUCUGUUUCUUGAAAUCUUCGGUCUUCAAAUGUCAUGAAGAGGAGAGAGUCUGGUAAGUUCUAAUUAAGAAGUUAUGGAGACCGGUACAAGCACUAGCAACAGCGGAAACAGCAGAAACGAUAGCUAUGAAACCAUCAAGAACGGAUCAUGGUUUAAUCAGUUCCGCAAUGGCUGUAAUCCCUGGAUGGCUAGAUAUGUAUACGGUCUUAUAUUCCUCAUCGCAAAUCUACUAGCUUGGGCUGCUCGUGAUUAUGGUCGGCGUGCCUUAAAUAAAGUAACAAAAUUCAAGAAUUGUAAAGAAGGAGAAAACUGUUUAGGGACAGAAGGAGUCUUGAGGGUUAGCUUGGGAUGUUUUCUGUUCUAUUUCGUAAUGUUUCUAUCAACACUUGGCACAUCAAAAACGCAUUCACCUAGAGAUAAAUGGCAUUCUGGAUGGUGGUCUGCUAAGCUUAUCAUGUGGCCUGCUUUAACCAUCAUUCCUUUCUUGCUUCCUUCUACCAUUAUUCUCCUUUACGGAGAGCUUGCCCAUUUUGGUGCAGGGGUAUUUCUACUCAUACAGCUAAUCAGUGUGAUCAGUUUUAUUACAUGGCUUAACGAGUGCUAUCAGUCCCAAAAAGAUGCAGAAAGAUGCCAUCUCCGUGUGAUGCUACUAGCAACAACUUCAUACACAGUGUGUAUAGUUGGGGUGAUUUUGAUGUACAUAUGGUACGCACCGGAUUCUUCUUGUCUUCUCAAUAUAUUCUUCAUAACUUGGACAUUGUUUCUCAUCCAGCUCAUGACAAGCAUCGCUCUCCAUCCUAAAGUCAAUGCUGGUUACUUGACUCCGGCUCUUAUGGGACUCUAUGUUGUGUUUAUCUGCUGGUGCGCCAUUCGAAGUGAACCAGUGGGAGAAAACUGCAACAGAAAAGCCGCAGCUUCAAACAGAACGGACUGGCUUACAAUCAUUAGCUUUGUGGUUGCGUUAUUGGCAAUGGUGAUUGCCACAUUUUCGACAGGAAUAGACUCGCAAUGUUUCCAAUUCAAGAAAGAUGUGUGUAGUGAAGGAGAAGAAGAAGAAGUAGAGGAAGAUGGUGUUCCAUAUGGAUAUGGAUUCUUCCAUUUUGUGUUUGCGACAGGAGCAAUGUACUUCGCUAUGCUACUCAUCGGUUGGAACACUCAUCACCCCAUGAAAAAGUGGACGAUUGACGUGGGAUGGACGAGUACUUGGGUGAGGAUUGUGAACGAGUGGGUUGCAGUUUGCGUAUACAUAUGGAUGCUGAUGGCUCCAAUCGUGUUGAAGACCAGAAGACAAAGAGCAAGUGGUACAUGAGACAUUGAUUCUGGGGGACAGGACAAAGACUCUUGGGUCGUUUUGAUCUCUUCUCUCCUUGUGUGGGAUAGAAUUAAACAGACUAAAUCGGCAAACAUGUUUUAAUCUCAUGGGUUUGGUAGGAAAAUAGUAUUAGACGAUUAAAGAAUGGAGAUUAUUCGAAAAUCAAAUCUUUGUAAGUAGAUUGUUAUAGGAAGUGGAUACAGAUUAUAGUUAUGAUUAUCAUUUUAUAAUUAUAUUUAUUUAUGACCUUCA